CUCUGCGAGGGUGUUUGUGUUUCCCCCUCAGUCUCUGAAGUCUAACUGUGUUCACACUGAGCUGUCUGAGCGUCAGGAUGACCCGCUGGGCCCUUCUCACUCCCCUGCUGCUCCUGUUGGGCCUCUUCCUCCACAGUGCUGUCAGUCAGGAGACUGACGACUCUGCAGCAGCACCACCUCCACCGCCACCGUCGGGCCAGGCCUCUGAUGGCACGCAGGCAGAGGACGAGUACGAUGAGUGGGGAAUGAACUCGGUCAGAGGAGGCUUUGAGGCCGUCGGCGGAUACUUUGACUCUAUGCUGGAGUUCAUGGGCGGACGUGAUGGAGUGUGCCAAUACGGCUGUAGAUAUGGUAAACCUCCUAUUCCUCGUCCUGGAUACCAGAUGCCAGAGCCUGAUGGAUGCAGCUCCUACUUCUUUGGACUUCCUGUUCCAGAAGGGAUGGAUAUGGGGAUCCCUGCCAUGACCAAGUGUUGCAACCAACUGGAUAUGUGCUACGACACCUGCGGCUCCAACAAGUACCGCUGUGACUCCAAGUUCCGUUGGUGCCUCCACAGCAUCUGCUCCGACCUCAAGAAGAGCCUUGGCUUUGUUUCAAAGGUUGAAGCAUGUGAGACGGUGGCAGACUCCUUGUUCAACACAGUGUGGACUCUGGGCUGCAGAUCCUACAUGAACAGCCAGAGAGCAGCGUGCUACUGUCAAGGAGAGGAGAAAGAUGAACUUUAAAUGAGAUUAACACAUCAAACCCACUCUCCUAUUUAUAUAAAAACAGCAGCAACUACUUGAUGUCUGAUGAUGGUACUCUGAGUUAUAGCUGUGCAAAGACUGCUGUGUGACUACUUGAGUAAUUUAUUCAUUAGGUCUUGGUUAUGGUUUUGUUUUAGGCUGUUGUUUUGUUUGUUGAUUGCUUAAAAACUCAAAUGUGCACAAGUUGUAAGCCAAAUCUGGAUGUAUUUGUUUUUGCAUGUAUGCAGACUGCUAUUAGCACCUAUACAGCUGGUCGUGGACUGAAAGGAAAAAGGCCUGAGGCGUGAACUUCACUUAACGUUAAGCUACUGUGCAGCAUUUCGAGUGUUCCCAUGUCCUACUGAGGAUAAUCCACUGUAUGAAUAAAUGUUAACACAUU